UUCUGCUUGAGCAAAGGUAAGGCGUUAAAGCUGUUUUACUUUUCUUGUAAGUGAAUUAAUUCUUGAAUGCUCUUAGUUUGUUCACUGAAAUGACCUCAAUAAUAAGAAGAAAUCAAUCCUUAAAAACCAUCUUCAGAAACCCCAAAGAUUCAUUUUUUAACUCAACCCUUAAACCCUACAGAACCCCUCAAGCCCCAUAUAGGGUAUUGAACCAGAAACCCUUUUCAACCCAUUCUUCUAAGUUCCCAGAAUAUGAAAUGCCAACAGUAACAUGGGGUGUAGUCCAAGGGCGCAAAGAGAAGUUGGUGUCACGUGUAAUAAUAUCUGAUUAUUUGAAAAGUAUAGGAAUAAUCCCUGAUGAAUUAGAGGAGUUGGAAUUACCCUCCACUGUUGAAGUUAUGCGUGAACGUGUCGAGUUUUUGCAGAAAAUUGGUCUGACAGUUGAUGAUAUGAAUGAAUAUCCCUUAAUGCUUGGUUGUAGUGUGAGGAAAAACAUAAUACCCGUUUUAACUUACUUGGAGAAAAUUGGGCUUCAAAGGUCUAAGCUUGGUGAGUUUAUUAAGAUUUAUCCCCAAUGUUUACAUACUAGUGUCGUCGUGGAGCUUGUUCCGGUUAUUAAAUUUUUACGAGGUCUUGAUGUUGAGAAACAAGAUAUCGGGUAUGUUUUGAUGAAAUAUCCUGAGUUGUUAGGGUUUAAACUUGAGGGAACAAUGAGUACUUCAGUUGCUUACUUGGUUAGUAUAGGGGUUAAUCCGAGGGAUGUAGGGCCGAUGGUAACACAAUAUCCAUAUUUUCUUGGGAUGAGAGUUGGGACGACUAUUAAACCACUUGUGGAUUAUUUGGUUUCAUUGGGUCUGCCGAAGAAAAUAUUGGCGAGAAUGUUGGAGAAGCGAGCAUAUUUACUUGGUUAUGAUCUUGAAGAGACGGUGAAACCAAAUGUAAAUUGCUUACUCAGUUUUGGACUUAGGAAGGACACUUUGCCUUCUGUUAUUGCGCAAUUUCCACAAAUUCUUGGUUUACCUUUGAAAGCUAAGUUGUCGUCGCAACAAUAUUUCUUUAACUUAAAGCUUAAGAUUGAUCCUGAUGGUUUUGCUCGAGUCAUUGAGAAGAUGCCACAAAUUGUCAGUCUACACCAACAUGUGAUAAUGAAACCAGUUGAGUUCCUUGUUGGACGGGGAUUUUCAACGGCUGAUGUGGCAAAGAUGAUUGUAAAAUGUCCUCAGUUAGUUGCUUUGCAAGUUGGCCUCAUGAAAAAUAGUUAUUACUUUUUCAAGAGCGAUAUGGGUCGACCAAUGGAAGAGCUUUUGGACUUUCCAGACUACUUCACCUAUAGCUUGGAAUCAAGAAUCAAACCCAGGUACCAGAGGUUGCAGAACAAGGGAAUGAGAUGUUCUUUGGGUUGGUUUCUCAAUUGUAGUGACCAAAGAUUUGAAGAGAGAUUGUAUGGUGAUUAUAUAGAGCCUGAAAGUUCUGGUCCGUCAUUUUGUAUGGGUGGGAAGUUAGAGCUGCCAGGCAAUGAGAUUGUAUCAGAAGAGGAAGAUGAAAGUGAAGAUGAAACACUAUAUAGACGCACUGUCUCUUUGUAGUGUACUUUGUAACAUUUGUGAAUUGGGUAUAAAUGGUAUUAUCUUUCAAUAUUAGCUGAAUUAUUUUGCUGCUU